AUGGGCAGUCACAGGAAGCCGCUCCAUGAGCCCAUGUACAUGUUUCUCUGUAACCUCUGUCUCAACGGACUGUUUGGAACCUCGGGGUUCUACCCUAGAUUCCUCUAUGAUCUACUUUCUGACGUCCAUGAAAUCUCACGGCCUGGAUGUUUCGUUCAGAUUUUUGUGAUUUACUCUUCUGUCCUGUGUGACUUUUCCACGUUAACAAUGAUGUCUUAUGACAGGUCUGUGGCCAUAUGCAGGCCGUUGGAGUAUCACACAGUCAUGACGGGGGGGACCGUCUUUAAACUGACUAUGUUCUCAUGGAUAGCCCCCAUGUUUUGCAUGUCUAUUUUGGUUACUAUGAGCUCUAGACAAAUUCUGUGUGGAUCACACAUUGAGAAGCUCUACUGCGAGAACUGGGCUAUUGUUAAAAUGUCUUGUUUCUCAACUACAUUGUAUAAUGUUCUUUCCUACACUGUAAUACUAACGUACGCGGGACAUUCACUUUUAAUUAUGUUUUCGUAUGUAAAACUUAUCAAAACCAGCUUGAAAUCCUCAGAGAAUCGAAAAAAAAUAAUGCAGACGUGUACUCCACAUUUACUGUCGUUAAUUAACGUGACAGUGGCCUUUCUGUUUGAUACAAUGUUCAGUCGAUACGGAUCCAAAGAUUUCCCACAGGGCUUACGCCACUUCCUGGCGUUAGAGUUUCUCAUAGUACCUCCUCUUCUCAAUCCUUUGAUUUAUGGCCUGCAAUUGAGUAAGGUCCGGAAUGAGGUCUUGAAAUACAUUAAAAGUAGCACUGUAAAGUUUUAA